AUGCAAAACCAUACAACACUAUUACUGUACUUUGACAGUAUUAGAGUGAGUAAUAGACUAUCAGCAGAGUUGUAUCUUUGUCGGGUUAAUCGUGAAAUUGAAACUAUGAUAUUGACAGAGUAUUUUCAUAUUUCACAGUCUCAUCUUCAAGAAUUAAAGAAAGCUGCAAUGAACCAUAACAAUGUAAUAACAUACUUAGAUGAACUUGAGAAUGAUGAAUUAUUCCAAUAUUGUAUGCUCAUUAAAGGAACACAACUCAAAAACAUCUUAGUUGAAAAGAAAAAAGGGUUAUUUGAAGGUAAAGAAUCUAUUAUUGAUGAAGCACUUAAACAAGCUGAAGUUAAUGAAAUUAAAAAAUCCAUUGACUUGAAUCUAGUUUUACAAGUAGUUCAUUCUUUAAGAAAUACUACUAAUCAAGUCUCUCCUUGUGAAGAACAAACAAACUCAAUCAUCUCAAAAGAUAUCAAAAAGGCAAUCAUGAGACUGACUGGGACUCAAUACUGUGAGGAGAUUAAAGACUUUAAUUGUUUUGUUGACAAAGAAACAUUCUUAACAGAAUUGGUUGAAAGAAAUAAUAUUUGUAUCUUGUGGAAAGAGGAAACUGGUGAAGUUUUUGGUGUUUAUAUUCAAGAUGAAAUUAGUGCAGAAGUGCCACUUGGUUUUGACAAUUAUGUCUUAUGGGUGAAAGGUGAAGAUGCUGACUUAAAAGUAUUACUUCUAAAUCAGAAAUUUGGUGUUGAUGCAACAAUCAGUUUUGUUGAUGAUGAUAACUGGAUCAAGAUAACAGGAAAGAAUGGUCUUAAUAUGGUGUUUUGUUCGAAUGGCACAAAUGAAUGCUCACUGUCUAACGUCCAGACUUCGUUUUAUAUUGAUGAAAACCAUCCAAUCUGUUCUCGCUCUUCAUUUAAAAUAUCUAACCUUUAUCUUCUUCAUCUUCACCACUAA